AUGGAGAAUGGCGACACAGAAACAGAAGACAAGAUGGAAGGCAUGUCAGAAGAUAAAGAGGAAAUCGUGGAGGAGGCUAACCUAGAGAUCGCUCAGCUGCAGGGCCUGGUGGCUGAGCUGCGCGAGGGGCUCCAUACCGCCCUGGUGGAGCUGUGCGAGCUGCGCCAGAGGGACCACGGCCUGGAGGAGAAACUCCAGGCCCAUCAGACUGACGUGGAUGAUAAGAUAAUGAGCCUCAAGAACUCCCUCAACACUUUGAAGGAGGAGCUGAAUGUGGCGUUGUUCCACAUAAAGGACGUGUCCGGCAGACAGAGAGAGGUGCAGAGGAGGAUAGAACUGUUGCAGGCACAAAACACCAAAGAUAUCAUCCCUGUUCCACACAGCCAGUCAGACCUCAGCGUUAUCCAAAACUUCUUUUCCAGUCUGUCACACAGCGGGUCGCCACAAAUGAGCGUCACAUCGACACAGACCUCUGCCUCUGAGCAGGAGGCUCAGCAGCAGCAGAGAGGUUGUCCAUCCACAUCUCCAGCGUGGGGAGACAGGAGGAAUAGCAGAGAGGACACAGAGACACCAAACAACCUGUCUGAAAACAAUAAGAGACAGAGAGUGGCGCUGGAGCUGCUGGAGUCAGAGAGAGUUUAUGUGUCCCACCUGUCUCUGUUGCUGAAGGCCAACAUCUCCUUUAAUGGAUCAGAAGCUCUCACCUCCAAAGACAAACGUCCGUUUCCCAGCUCUCUGAGGUUUCUGAUCCAGCAGCACCUCGAGCUCCUCCACACUCUCCAGGAACGUGUGCUCAAGUGCCAGUGGCAAGGCAUCAUGGGGGAUGUGUUUAUGAGGCUCACCAGCAAAGAGAGUGACUUCUUGGACUUUUAUGUGUCGUACCUGAAGGAGCUUCCUGACUGUCUGUCCGUCGUCAACAUGCUUGCCUCCAGCUCCGUGAAGUCUUCGGCCUUCCUGGAGAGUGACAUAACGGGUGAUGGAUCCAAACCCUCCCUUCACACUCUGCUCCUUCAGCCGGUUCAGAGGAUCCCAGAGUACCUGCUGCUGCUGCAGGGGCUGCUGAGGCAGACCGAGGCCGAGCACCCAGACUACUACCUGCUGCUGGUGUGCAUCCAGCAGUUCAGGUCCUUCACGGCUCAGUACCACCACCUCCUCCAGCACAACCAGGAGCUUCUUCUACACAACCGCAAGGAGGUGAAAAGGUCUACCAUGAAACAGCUGUUAAAAACAGUGGAAAGUGGGAUUCAGGCUAACAGCAUUGGCUCACCGUACCCUUACAGCAGUGCAGCCAUAGAGCGUGCUAACCAGGUGAACCGGAGCAAGCAACGUCUCCUGGAGCAGAUCCAGUCCCAUCGUUUCCAGGAUUGGGAUCGAGACAAGGAUCCCGAAACUCAUUGCUCUGACUCAGAGUGGCCCUCCCAGCUCCCGUUCUUCAGCCCCGACCUGGACUCACGGAACCACAAACCAACAGGUCUGGGCAGUAUCCCAGAGAGCGAGGCAUCUCAGAGGUCCAUGUCGUGCCAGCAUCAUCUGCCCUCCAGACCUGCAGACUUUCGUCAGGUUCAACCGGGCUCCGCUCUGGCCGAUGCUCUCGGAGAGUUCCUUCUCCCCCCUGACCCGCCGGGGAUGGAGAGCCUCUAUGAAGAGGACACGGGCUCCUUUCAUGAUGUCUCCAUGUUCGACCGCUGCUCCACUGCCUCUUCAGAUUCCUCCAUCGACAUUGCCUUCGUGAAGUGCCCCAAAGCGCCCCAAGCGUCACAUCACGCUAUGGCAGUGAACGUGUCGACAACCCGUGAUGCCUUUGGCAAUGGUAGAAGCCAAGGUAAUGGCUACAACAAGCUGCCCAACAGAGGGUGCGUGUCUCCAGAUGAAGCUGUCAUGAUGCGCCGCAAUCAGCAUCGCCCCCUUCAGGCCAGCCAGCGUAAAAGCAAGUCUCUGAAUGGCCUGCAGAUGGACAACAGCGGUCUGGAUGGAGGACCUCUAGCAGACCACCUCCAUAGGGUGGGACUGGGCAGCCAUGCCAAGCUGGAGCGCCAGGGCAGCAAGGGCAGCAAAGGGUGUUCCACCCCAUCCCGUAAGGUCCAGAGCCCCCUGGGGAACAGAGUGGAAACCGACAAACAGAGCGAGGAUCUUCACGCGCUGCUCAGCAUUGACUCCGGGUUCCAAUCAUGGGGGGAUGAGACAAAGUGGAGGAGCGUGACAGAGGAGAAUAACCACACCCCCUUCAGCGAGAGGAGCCGGAAGCAGGACAAAGGAGGCUUCAGGAGUUCGUUCAAGAAACUCUUCAAGAAGAAGAGCAGCGAUGAGAAGAAAGAGAAGGGAGGCGAGAAAACAACAGAAAACCAAAAUAAUGGUGAACAUGAUGCCCCGGGGAAAAAUCCCAAACUGGUACAUCUGGAGAUAAACCGUGGCACAGCUGUAUGA